UGUGACACUGCGGCUCGGGACGAACACCGAAACACUUGUGGAGCAACUCCCAAAUGGCGAAGAAAGGGGAAGUGGUCUGCGUCACCGGCGGUAGCGGAGGCAUCGGUUCUUGGCUGGUUCGCCUCCUCCUAGAGCGUGGCUACACCGUCCAUGCUACCGUCAAAGAUCUCAACGACGAGAAAGAGACGAAGCAUUUAGAGGCCAUGGAAGGAGCCGAGUCGCGUCUCACUCUUUUCCAAAUCGAUCUCCUUGACUACAAUUCCAUUUUAGCUGCCGUUUCCGGCACUACCGGCGUUUUCCACCUUGCUUCACCCUGUACUGUAGAUGAAGUCCAUGAUCCCGAGAAAGAGCUACUGGACCCGGCCAUUAAAGGUACAAUCAAUGUACUGACGGCUGCGAAAGAGCUCGGAGUUCGGAGAGUUGUGCUGACUUCUUCCAUUUCGGCUAUUGUUCCUAGCGCUAAUUGGCCGGCUGAUGUUGUUAAGAAUGAGGAUUGUUGGACGGAUGUAGAAUACUGCAAACAGAAAGGGAGAUGGUACCCGCUUUCAAAAACACUUGCAGAAAAGGCUGCUUGGGAGUUUGCCAAGGAAAAAGAUUUAGAUGUUGUUGUUGUGAAUCCUGGAACUGUGUUGGGUACUUAUAUAGCCCCAACACUGAAUGCAAGCAUGAUAAUACUUCUUCGCCUGCUUCAAGGUUGCACUGAUGCACAUGAAGAUUACUUCAUGGGAUCUGUCCAUUUCAAAGAUGUAGCCCUAGCACAUAUACUUGUUUACGAGGCUGCUUCAGCAAAAGGAAGGCACCUUUGUGUUGAAUCAAUAUGUCAUUAUAGUGACUUUGCAGCUAAGGUUGCUGAAUUAUACCCUGAAUACAACAUACCCAGGUUUCCCAAGGACACUCAACCUGGUCUGUUGAGGGCCAAGGAUGGAGCAAAAAAGCUUAUGGAUUUGGGUCUACAGUUCAGUCCGAUGGACCAGAUUAUCAAGGACUCUGUUGAUAGUUUAAAGAACAAAGGCUAUCUUUCUUAGAGUAUGCAUAUAAUUAUUACCUCUGUUGUAUCAAUAUGGAAUGGACAACCCUCAUGGGGGGGUCAAGAUGUUGUUUGUGGCUCAAUAAACAUAACUGAUCGUGACUCUUUAAGUCCGGAAUAAUGUACAGGCCCUGAAUUUAAGCCCCGUCUUGAAAAACGUUGUUUGGAAUUUGUGUCUCGAGUCAAAAUGUUUUCAUCGGUUUCUACAAUCGGAGUAGGUACACUAGUAUGACUGUAUGAAUAUGGUAUUCGUGAACACGCGUGAAUAUUGUGAUCAUGUCUAACCACACUCACAAUUGAUCAAUGUUUUCGAUAUUAGCACUAGUUUUGAGCAUUCAAUUCAGC